AGUUACUAACCCUAACAGCUUGCAAUUAUGUCCGGACGCGGGAAGCAGGGCGGCAAGGCGCGCGCCAAGGCCAAGACGCGGUCGUCCCGGGCCGGGCUGCAGUUCCCCGUGGGCCGCGUGCACCGGCUGCUGCGCAAGGGCAACUACGCCGAGCGCGUGGGCGCCGGCGCGCCCGUCUACCUGGCGGCCGUGCUCGAGUACCUGACGGCCGAGAUCCUCGAGCUGGCGGGCAACGCGGCGCGCGACAACAAGAAGACGCGCAUCAUCCCGCGCCACCUGCAGCUCGCCAUCCGCAACGACGAGGAGCUCAACAAGCUGCUGGGCAAGGUCACCAUCGCGCAGGGCGGCGUGCUGCCCAACAUCCAGGCCGUGCUGCUGCCCAAGAAGACCGAGGGCCACCACAAGGCCAAGUGAACACCCGGGCUGGGGAGUAGCCCAAGAACAAAGGCUCUUUUCAGAGCCACCUACACAGUCAGAAAAGCAGCACUGUUCUGU